AUGCCCCUCACCAUUCUCUCUCGGUCGCAGCUCCGAGAGGUGCUACACUCUCUCACUCGCGAAGAGAUCACCGCGCUGCAACUAAAUCUCUCCGAGGCCUUACGCGAAUACUCGACCGGUGCCCAAGAUAAAGGUUGCUCGGCGACCUAUCAGCCUCAGCGAACGGCCAUUACUCGACAGAAUGGCUGUACCACCUUGUUCAUGCCUGCUAGCACGGGCCAGACCAUCGGAAUCAAGAUGAUCUCACUGCAGGACGGCUCCGCGGCCGGUUGUGCUGUGGAACGUCCUGGCUUGGACAUUGCUGAUGGUGAUUCGACAUCUUCCCGCUCGCGGACUGGUUCCGUGCGUAACUCAGUCGCCUCACUUUCCUCCGACUUGAGUGAUCUCUCCGUCGAUUCCUCCCAAGAAGAUAGCAGCUCCAUCAGCCCGACAGUGACAACCACAACCUCCGGAAGCGGGGGUGACAGCGCCGAUAGCUCGACACUUCUCUCUGGCUGUGUGAACCAACAACCGGUAGUCGACAGCAAUGUUUCAAACACUCUGGGCGCUUGGCCUGGAGCAGGCACCCACAGCGAGAGUCUACCCUUCGCCCUGAUAAACGCACACGAACUCACAGCCUUCCGCACCGCCCUCGCCUCCUUGAUGAUCUUCAACAGGCGCAAGAAGGUCCGUACCAUCCUGGUAUUCGGCGCCGGAACCCAAGCAUACUGGCACAUUCGACUGGCGUUGAGUCUACGCGGCGACGAAAUCCGCCGCGUGUACAUCGUCAACCGCUCCUUCGAGCGAGCGGCCAAACUCCUUCGCGACAUCUACCCUCCCGAAAACACAAAGUGGCGCGGCGAUACCAAAUUCUCCGCCAUGAGCACCGACUUUGGCGAAUACAACCGAAUUAUCAAAGAGCAUGUUCGCAAGGCGGACGCCAUCUUCUGCUGCACCCCUUCUGUCGAGCCCCUAUUCCCUGCUGAAUUCCUCACAUCCCGCGAAGGUCGGCAAAAGGGCCGUCUGAUUAGUGCAGUUGGUUCGUACAAGGCACACAUGGCCGAAGUACAUCCCGAUAUCCUACGCGAUGAGGUAAACGUGUCACCGCCUCAUCGUCAUUUCCACAAACAUACCCGUCGCAGUGGAGUGGUAGUAGUUGACAGUCUCGACGCAGCCAUCAAAGAAGCAGGCGAGAUCGUGCAGGCGGGAAUCAAACCGAACCAAAUGGUCGAGCUCGGCGAGCUUCUCAUGGUGCGACAUGCUACACAGGAGGCAGCGGAUGAACAGAAGAGUCUACGCGAGUGGGUGGAGCGCGGUAAUGUCAUUUACAAGAGCGUUGGGCUGGGCCUGAUGGAUCUAGUGACGGGUGGUGACCUGGUUCGUCUGGCGCGAGAGAGGAAGUUGGGGACGACGGUGGAAGACUUUUAG